AAGGGGGCGUCUCUCGCAUUCAUGCGUUACAUAAAAGGUGAAAGACUGGUCCAUGUCCAUGCUGCUGCUGUGAGCUACUUCUGGAGAACAGACCACCAGAAAAGAAGCAUAAAAUAGACAUUUUUAUCAAAAGGCAGGCUGUACGGAAUGAUGGCGGCUUCUUUGCUGAGGAUAGGGCGACUGGGCUGUGUCAAGUGUUUGCAGGCUGAGAGCUGGAAUACUCUGAGUAGAGCACCUGCAGCUGUAACCUUUAGCUCAAAAUCUGGUGGUUCCAAGAAGUCGUCAAAAAAGAACAACUCAGACAAAGACCAGGCCAAAACAUAUUUCGAUAUAGAGAAACUUGUCCAGCACAAGUCCUAUGAGUUUCCCAAGAAAGGCAUGUCUCCGGCAGCAGCCGCUGCAGCAGCAGAAGCUGCAGCUAAACCAGCCGCAGAGCCUGCGCCCUCUGCUGCUGCACCCGAGGCUGUUGCAACCAGCCCCGUGGUAGAAGCUGCCGCUCCCGCGGUCGAAGCGGUCUCUGAAUCUGCCUCAGCAGUUGAAGCCACACCUGUGGUGGAGGCUGUGCCUGAAGCUGUGGUUGAAGCUGUCGCAGAAGCCACACCUGUGGUGGAGGCUGUGCCUGAAGCUGUGGUUGAAGCUGUCGCAGAAGCCGCACCUGUGGUCGAGGCUGUGGUUGAAGCUGUCGCAGAAGCUGCCCCCGUUGUGGAGGCUGUUGCUGAAGCAGUCGCAGAAGCUGCACCUGUGGUCGAGGCUGUGCCUGAAGCUGUGGUUGAAGCUGUCGCAGAAGCUGCCCCCGUUGUUGAGGCUGUUGCUGAAGCAGUCCCAGAAUCUGCACCUGUGGUUGAGGCUGUCGCAGAAGCUGCACCUGUGGUUGAGGCUGUUGCUGAAGCUGUCGUUGAGGCUGUUGCUGAAGCUGUACCUGAAGCUGCACCUGUGGUUGAGGCGGUCGCUGAAGCUAUCCCUGAAGCCGCACCUGUUGUUGAGGCUGUUGCAGAAGCAGUUGCCGAAGCUGCAGCAUCUAUAGCUGAAGCAACUGCUCCUGCGGAAGCUCCCGCUGAAGCCGCUGCCCCAGCAGCUGAAGCUGCCGCCGCAGUCGCUGAAGCUCCUGUUGAAGCUGCAGCUGAAGCCCCGGCUGUUGAAGCAGCAGCAACCCCUGAAGCUGCUCCAGCAGAACCUGCUGCCGAAGUUCCUGUCGAAGCUGCUCAAGAAGCCACUGCUGCUGAAGCUGCACCAGUUUUGGAAGCUGCCCCUGAAGUUGCCCCUGCUGAAGCCCCAGAGCCUGCAGCUGCUGAAGCUGCCCCUGUAGAAGCUGCUACAGAGCCUGCUGAAGCUGCCCCCAGUGAAGUGGCUGCCGAUGCUGCAGCUGAAGUUUCGGCCCCCGCGGAGAGCACCGAGGAGCUGGUGGACCCUGCUCCACUCGUAGCUGAAGCUGCGGGAGAGGAGCUGCAGGCGGACAUCCCAGCUGAACCAGUUGAACCAAUUGAGGCUCAAAUGGACCCAAUUCAGAAGCUCUUCUUGGACUCCAUACGCGAGUACUCCACAAAAAGCCAGUCUUCGGGGGGGCUAGUGGAUGCAGGUUCAGAGUACGAAAAGGCCUUGGCAGAGGAGGUAGCAAAGCUUCAGAGACUCUAUGGUGGUGGCGACCUCGCAUCUUUUCCAGAGUUCAAAUUCACAGAGCCCAAGUUGGAUGAAGUUUCCCAGAAGUGAACCUCAGCACUUUGCAGUUAACCUUUUUUCUAACGUCGCCUUUUCCCCGUACAUCUGUGUCUGCUUAAUGUCAAAGUUACAACAAACCGUUGUCUCUAGCUUUUGUAUGUGAGAGUAGAGCUGUUUCAGUAGCUGGAUAUUUUAAGGGAAUGGAAGCUAACGCAUUAGAUGUACAUUUUGGUGGACAAAGUGAACUUAGAGCUGUGAAAUAAGCUUUGUGCAGAUUGAUCCAUGGCUGAGCUGAAUUUGAAUAAAAACAAUAAAUUCCAGUGUGUA